AUGCCCGAGGAGAAGUCUUUCGAUAAGAUCCCGCUCCAGAGCAACGAUGGCAGCGUCAUCACUGUCGACUACGAGGUUGCCAUCCGCUCCGCGCUGCUUAGCACGAUGCUGGAGGAUUUGAAGAGCAUGGGUGUCUCUGAACUCGGCCCUGUCCCUCUGCCCAACGUGCGUUUCCAUUUGACCCAACUGACGUUUUCCGUUCCCGGAGUUUUUGCUAACCACGUGCCUUUCGUCCAGGUCAACGAGGCCGUUCUCCGCAAGGUCAUUGAGUACUGCGAGCACCACCGCAACGACCCCCUUGGCACCAACGAGGAGGAGACCGAGAGCCGCAAGAAGACCACCGAUAUUGAAGAGUGGGACCAGAAGUUCAUGCAGGUCGAUCAGGAGAUGCUCUUUGAGAUCAUCCUGGCCGCCAACUACAUGGACAUCAAGGCCCUUCUUGACGUCGGCUGCAAGACGGUCGCCAACAUGAUCAAGGGCAAGUCGCCGGAGGAGAUCCGCAAGACCUUCAACAUCACCAACGACUUCACCCCCGAGGAGGAGGAGCAGAUCCGGAGAGAGAACGAGUGGGCCGAGGACCGCUAA